CCUCUCAUUCUCCAGUUUACAACAAGCUCUUCUUACUUUUGACUACCAUCAACGUUCCCGUGUCGUUUUGUCCCUCUGCGUGCUAUAUAUUUCAGUAAACAAUGAAGAGUGCGCUCAUGAAAGCCGGCGUCAACCACGUCAUCUCCACAGCACCAAAACCGAAACCACCAGGAUCCGAUCUUGAAGCGCACCCGCAACAGAAGCGAAAGUACUUUUGGCAAAAGAAACAAGACCCUUAUCAAUUCCUUACAGCCCAUGAACGCAAGAUUCUGCAUAAAGUCAAAUCCCGAGCGCAUACAUUGGACAGUGGGUUGAAUUGCUGUUGCUGUCAAAUUGGACUUGACCCCAUCAUUGGGUUAAUACCGGUCAUUGGGGACUUUGCUGGCUUAGUAUUGGCGCUAUACUUGGUUCAGACUGCAGCACAAGUAAACCUGCCACAAUCCAUUGUCAGCCAAAUGAUGAUGAAUAUCAUUGUCGAUUUUUUUAUUGGUAUAGUGCCUGUUGUGGGAGAUCUAAUGGAUGUCAUGUACAAGGCAAACACGCGGAAUGCUAUAUUACUGGAAAACUAUCUCAAUAAGCAACAAUUGAAACGGCAGCAACAAGGGGAAGCAGGAGCAGUAGGAGGCUCAUCGUCGUCUCAUCCACAGCUGGAUCAACAUCGACCGUUAUUACAAGACCAUUCUUCAGCACCACCCGAUCCACCUGCUUCUUCAUCAUCAGCACCACCCGCUUAUAUACAACAGCAACAUCAGCAAAAAGACAAACAUAAGCAACAACAAUCAAACAAUCCGCAUCUCUAUUGAUCAUCAAUACCUUAGCAUUUUUGUAUACGUAAAAUUUAUUAUACUCUUAUAUUAUGUACGAUCACCCUUCUGUGAGGGUUCUACUAUUCAACUACAUAUCACCAACCUCAAUAAAUACAUCACUUACUAUCAUUCACACAUACACUAUUGGCUAUGUUUUAAUAGUUUUCUCCCCGCGUUACGAGAUAUAGAGAGAGAGAGAAAAGAGAAAGAGGAAGAGAGGGCUAAAUACAAAAAAGAGUAGUAGUGGUAGUAAUAAAAAGGAAAAAAUGUCAU